GUGGCCCCUCGGGAAACUGAAGAGUGUGACCUGAACCAUUUUGGACGCCCAGAGGGAGAGGGAGGCGGAGGUCUAGAAGGUCACUAACAAUAAUCUUAAAGCCGGACCCAAGUUUACAGCUCCGGUAUCAUUGCCAGGAGAAUGAAGCUGUCGGCCUCGUCGCUUCUUCUCCAAAGUUGCAAGGUCUGUUGGGGUCGUGCCGCCUGGUCCGCUGCAGGAGCUUCGUCUCUUGGUUCCGGGCCGAGGACUCUCGUCUUCUCCGCGUCAUCUUGUGCAGGAGCUGCGAGGAUAAGUGGAGUUUCGGCCGCUCUUGGAGAGCAUUCGCGGUAUCCGACUUCUAGUGGCAGUCGUCCCCGCAGAGCUUCUGCCAAAUCCGCGAGUUCUCUGCACCUCUUCUCCUCGGCCCGUCUGCGCACCUCGGCGGCCUGCUGCGGCUCCAGUCGCGCUCUCUCGUCCGCGAUCAUGGCUUUCGAGAAGAUCAAAGUCGAGAACCCCAUCGUGGAGAUGGACGGCGACGAGAUGACCAGAAUCAUCUGGCAGAUGAUCAAGGACAAGCUGAUCUUCCCCUUUCUGGACAUCGACCUGAAGUACUUCGAUCUCAGCAUCGAGCACCGCGAUGCCACCGACGACCAGGUGACCGUCGACAGCGCCGAAGCCACUCUCAAGUACAACGUCGCCGUCAAGUGCGCCACCAUCACCCCCGACGAGGGUCGCGUCAAGGAGUUCGGGCUCAAGGCUAUGUGGAAGAGUCCCAAUGGAACCAUUCGAAACAUUUUGAAUGGAACUGUUUUCCGCGAGCCAAUUGUGUGCAAGAACAUCCCCCGCUUGGUCUCCGGCUGGAACACCCCGAUCUGCAUUGGAAGGCACGCUUUUGGGGAUCAGUACCGCGCCACGGAUACCGUGAUCAAGGGACCCGGAAAGCUGAAAUUGGUUUUCGUUCCCGAAGGGGGCGCCUCGCCGACCGAGCUAGAUGUCUAUGAUUUCGAGGGUGAGGGUGGUGUGGCUAUCGCCAUGUACAACACCGAUGAGUCGAUCCGCGCCUUCGCCAAGUCUUCGAUGACCAUGGCUCUCUCCAAGGGCUGGCCUUUGUACCUCAGCACCAAGAACACAAUUUUGAAGAAGUACGAUGGCAGAUUCAAGGACAUUUUCCAAGAAGUCUUUGAGGCCGAGUACGAGAGUAAGUUCAAGGAAGCCGGCAUCUGGUACGAGCACCGCCUCAUCGAUGAUAUGGUGGCGUACGCCAUUAAGAGCGACGGUGGAUACGUGUGGGCUUGCAAGAACUACGACGGAGAUGUCCAGAGCGACAUGCUCGCCCAAGGAUUCGGAUCACUGGGUCUGAUGACGUCCGUGCUCAUGGCUCCCGACGGUAAAACCAUCGAGUCCGAGGCCGCCCACGGAACUGUCACCCGACACUACAGGGUUCACCAGAAGGGUGGGGAGACCAGCACCAACAGCAUUGCGUCCAUCUUCGCGUGGACCCGGGGUCUUGCGCACCGGGCUGUCCUCGACGACAACGCAAAAUUGGGAGAGUUUGCCGAGAAGCUGGAACAUGCUUGCGUCGGCGUCGUGGAGGCGGGAAAGUUCACCAAGGAUCUUGCGAUCCUUGUCCACGGACCGAAGACCACGAGGGAGCAGUACUUGAACACGGAAGAGUUCAUCGAUGCAGUUGCGGACGAUUUGAAGACCAGACUCUCUGCAUAAGGCCCACGCGGCGGGGAAGGAGAUGAUCGUUUGCCUUCCAUUUGGCUUCAUCUUUCAGGCCAUCUCAGACCUGUAUGGAUUGGGGGCUUUGCUGUCAGAUUCGUCGCACUUGGUGGGUGGCGGAUCGUUCAAAGCCGUGAAAUUCAUAGAGGUCGUCCUCUUUUGCAGCUCAAACCAGUUGGAGCAUCCUUCGAAAUUGUUUCUGCUUGAUGGCGGUCGGUGAUUCGUAACUCGCUGCUUGACUUGUAGUAGGUCAGGAGUUUUGUGUGUCUAAAACAUGUAGGCUCCUUCUUGGUCCGAGGGGCAAAUUGCAUUCAUGCACUCUUACAGAAGUUGUAAGUGAAUUAUGGGCCUGGAACCGUUAUUUGACCCGAUUCAGGGAGUGUCAAAUUGGAUUCGCGAAGAAACAAAAUUCUACUCUGGCUCUGAACUGUGCACAGUUCCGUGUUCCUGACAACUGGAAGCUGCAGGGCGAUCCUGACUGGAUUGCCUUAAGCCAAAUGUCGGGGAAUUCAUCUCUCCCAUCAGCUUUUACCGUCGGUGAAGAGCACAGAGGAGUUGACCCGAACGUCCUGAUCGCUACUAUUGCUCACGAAUCGAUGUAAAAUUUCAGCAAUAUAAACUUUGGGGAACUUCAGCAGUUUAAGCGGCGCUCAGCUUUAGCAUGUCGUGCUGCUAAUGAUUGCUUCUAAUUUGAAUUAGGGCACUCCAAAAUUUGACGUUAAAUCCUCCUGGCUUUGUUCUGGCUGACCACAGCAGGCAGCGCUGCGCAUACGGCCGAUCAGAGAAUAGUAAAUAGUAGUGAUUGUAGGGAGGAUCAAAUGUACUUCGACAUUAAUUUUUUAUAAGAUAGACACGAUCGGAGGCAUCGGCGUUUAAUGCUAUCAUGUCAUGUUAUUUCACAUGUCCCAUUGUACGUCACGAGCACAUAUUUUACUUUAUGGAAAGUCUGAUAUUAGUUUGCGAGCUCGCAUUGGUUAGCCUUCAAAUAUGUCAGAUACUAUCUCAAUGUCGAAAUCCUUCUUUGGUGGUGGAGAAUCUUCACAUCAUUAUGAACGGAUAAAGCAGCAAUCUUACUUACAGUGUAUUUCGGGUGAAAUUUGAACCUAUGCCGUUAAAGCAAGUCCUCUCACGAGUGAAUGAAACGCUUCGACGGAAUUAUCCAAUCUUCUUGUAAGAACGGCUGUAUGAAACUCAGCAUGAAGCGUCUAAUAAAAGAAGAAACCGUCUCGAUGUCGCCGA